AUGAAAGCUGAAGGGGUUGUGGAGGCCACUUGUGAAGAAAUAUUUGAGCUUGUUAUGAGCAUGGACGCAGCACGAUUUGAGUGGGAUUGUAGUUUCCAGUAUGGUAGCUUGGUUGAGGAGGUAGAUGGACAUACAGCGAUACUCUAUCACAGACUUCAGCUGGACUGGUUCCCGAUAUUUGUGUGGCCCCGUGACCUUUGUUACGUGCGCUAUUGGCGCCGAAAUGAUGAUGGAAGUUAUGUUGUCUUGUUUCGUUCUAGGGAGCACGAGAACUGUGGUCCACAACCAGGGUUUGUGCGGGCGCAUAUUGAGAGUGGAGGGUUUAAUAUUUCCCCUUUGAAACCACGGAAUGGGAGGCCCAGAACACAGUUGCAGCAUCUUAUGCAAAUUGAUUUGAAAGGAUGGGGUGUGGGUUAUAUUUCAUCAUUUCAGCAACAUUGUCUGCUUCAGAUGUUAAAUAGUGUUGCUGGACUGCGUGAAUAUUUCUCUCAGACUGAUGAAAGGAAGGCUCCUCCAAGAAUCCCUGUUAUGCUUAAUAUGUCAUCAGCUUCUGUUUCUUCUAAGACGAAUCAAAAGCUUCGAGAGUCUUCUAUCCAUCGCAGUCCUUCUCUCGAUCAAAUUAUUUCUGCGAACAAAAAUGUGAUGAUGGAUGAAUACUCCGAUGAGGAUGAAGAGUUUCAGAUGGCCGGUGAAGAGGUUUGUGUUACCCUCGUGCUGUCUCAGUUUUUAUGUAAUAUAUCUAAGUGUGCAUCAAAAAAUUUUCAGGCAUGCCCAACUAACCUUGAGAGUGAAGUCAUGAGAACUGGUAGGCGAUGA